AUGGAGGUGUCUGCUCAGAUUUAUUCAAUGCCUAUAACUGUUCCUGUUUUUCUGGCUAUGCAGGAAAUAAUUGUCAAACAGAUGGCAAGUUUUUUUGUUAGUGGGAUCACAAGGAACAACCAGUUUCAUUGUCAACCGAAUGAUAGCCUAGAGGAAUACAUGAGUAAUGCUUUAAAUGAGAUUAUGGUAAUUACGGCGAUGGAAUUAUCGAACGCACACUAUGCUGAAGUAGAAGCUCCAUGGAAAAUACAACGACAUGAAGCUCAUUCGUUUCUUACAUCUCCAACUAGAAAUAGAAGAAGUGAUCCCGCUUGCAAUACAAAUGAGCUUUAUUGUGAAAAUAACAAAGACAGCUGUAUGGAGCACAAUGAGCAAUCACGGGAGUAUUAUUGUAACCAGGGUCAUACUUGUACUUCUACACAAGCUUGUUACCUAUCUACACCCUGUCCAGCACAUUACACAUUAGGAUGUUCAAACGAUCAGUGCCUCUCUUUUCCUUGCCAUAACGGAGCCACAUGUAAUGAUACUAGUACUAGCUACACUUGUCAAUGUGUGCCAGGAUGGGAUCCAGCCAGUAAUUGCAAGACAGAUUAUAACGAAUGCCAGGUUGUUCCUUGUUUAAAUGGAGGGUCGUGUAACAAUCUAUUCAAUAAUUUCACGUGCGACUGUUCCGGCAGAUAUGAAGGACGUGUGUGUGAAAAAGACUGUAGACCAGGUCCUGCAGACAUUGUAUUUGUAGUUGAUACGUCUGCCAGUUUGCAAAAUGAUGUGAUCAAAAGCAUCGACUUUAUCAAUAGAUUUAUCAGCAAAGUUCCUAUUGGUCGAAAUGAUUUCCAAAUUGGUGUCAUAGCCUAUAACGUUAAUUCCUCAGUACUAUUUGAUCUCGAUGAUUACACAUCGGCUCCUGUUAUGAAUGCUGUUUUGAAGACAAUCAAGGGCAAAGAAGCCGCAACGUACACAUCCAUCGCCUUACAAAAAGCUCGCCAGAUGCUUACUAGUUAUUCUACGGGAUCACGUCGAACAAGAAGCUACAUUGUUCUACUGCAUGACGGCCUAUCAACAGACAGAAACGAGGCUUUUGACGAGGCAAAAAUCAUCAUUGCAAUGGGUAUACGUAUUUUAUCAGUCGGAAUCGGACAGUCAAUUGCACAUAAAGAGAUGUUGGAGAUAUCAAACAGACAGUACUAUACAUAUAGUCCGCAACAUUUAGAUGAUAUGUAUAAUCAAAUUCUAAAAGAAACACUUCAUCCUGAGUGUGCAGAUUGCAUAUUGGAAGAAGAAACACAAAUAGUCAUACUUCUCGACAAUAAUAAUAACCAAACUAUAGACAAUUACAACGACCGUCGUGCAGCUACACGUAAUGUAAUAGACAAAGUAUUAACGUUUAAUUCAAAUGCUAAAAUUGGCAUGUACUCAUAUUCUGAAGAACCAAACUUAGUGUUUUCCUUGUCGUGGUCUGCAGACAAAGACAAACGUAUCGCAGCAGCAUUACAAAUUAACGUUGACAACUAUAUAUCAACAUCAAAUACCAGCCGUGCCUUGCAACAUGUGAGAUUAAAUAAACAGUUUACAGCAUUUAGAAAAAUCGUGGUAAUUAUCUCCAAUGGAAAGUGGACAGAUAUGGAUAAAAUAAAGAAUGAAGUUUUGUAUUCUAAACAAGAUGGUAUAGAAGUUGUUGGCGUAAUUUCUGGGGAGGACAGUGUGAUGGAAAAUUAUCAGGCAGUUUUGAUUGAUCCUAGUCAAGUAUUCUAUACCGAAGAUGAUAAUUUCAAAGCAUUAGAGGCGCUCGCUGCAAUGACAAAGUAUUAUUCUUGUGAUGAUAAUAUCUUCAAUAUACGACAAUAA